GAGAGGGAGAAAAAGAGGGAGGGGGGGAAGAACGUCGUAAGCUUGUAUACAACUACCUCGAUUUCCAUUUCCCCCCCUAACUCGUAAUGUAUUUAAUUCAAGCGAAACGUAAUCAUGACGUGUCUUGUCAUUAAUCUCCUCGCCGCCUCUCCCGUGGUGUCAGAGGCCAUUUCAGACGUGCAUCCUCUCUCAUCUAAGGAAGCAAAUGAUGGAAUACACACUUUAUUAAGUAUGGAUUCUCCUAGAGAAUGUGUGAUUGCCCUCUCUUCUGAGGUUCCCCUGUCCCCUCCCUCAAUGCCAUCACUAGAUGACAGCCCCCACACCUUGCCACAAAGCCCUCACUCUGCCCAAUCUAGCCCUCUAACCAGCUCAUAUACACAACUGUCACCUUUUGCUGGUGCCAACCAGCAUGAUGAAGAGGAGGAGGAGGAGGAGGAGCUGUCAGGUUCACCAUCUCCCAGUACACUUGUUGCAUUGUUUCCAGAAGAAGAGCAGUUGUGUACUCCCUCUUCGGAGAGCAGUCCACCAGCCACUCCAUCUGCACCAACAUCUGGGUUUGGAGCACUGGAGCAGGUUCUUUUUUCUGGGGAUGGUCCCACCUGCAAUGAUGAACUAGAUCUGCAGCUUUUUAACAGUGAAGGUCUGGCUGUGCAGGGAGGUUCUACCAGUGGCCCUGCUCUCAGGUACCCUUGUCAUGUUUGUGGAAAGAGGUUUCGCUUCCAGAGCAUACUGUCCCUGCAUGCCCGAGCUCAUAGUUUGGACAGGGAUCGUCAGACCACUGCCCUGUACAAAAAUGCACAUGUUAAGACAGAUAAAAACUGUUUUAGUAAUACUGUUAUACAGAAACACAGAAAGCUUAAUCCGAAUUUUAUAUCGUCAUAUAAGUCGUUUCACCAGAAUCAGAGAGAAGAGCCUGUACCAGAGGAUCCUUGCCAAACAGUCAAUAGCCCUCAGUUUGAAAUGGAUGAAACCACACCACUGACUCCACCUCUAACAGAAGAAACACCAUCCUCUUCAACCUUUUCUCCAUUAGGGUCUGUCUUUGCGGAAGAUCCCGUCCCAUCUGUGGCAGCUCCUGCCUUCCGCUGCCAUGCAUGUAAGGGUAAAUUCCGCACGGCCUCUGAGCUUGCCCGUCACGUGCGAAUCCUCCAUAACCCCUACAAGUGUACAUUGUGCCCCUUUUCAGCCAGUAAGGAGGAACGUCUAGCUGUUCACCUACAGGAAAGCCACCCACCUGAAGAGCCUGCUUCACAUCCAGUCUUCCCUUCAAGUCCAGUCACAUUGCAACCAUCUUCAUCACAAGCACCUGCUGUUCCAGCCUUUCGCUGUGAGACGUGUGGUCAGCGGUUUACCCAGUCUUGGUUCCUUAAAGGUCAUAUGCGCAAACACAAAGCCUCUCUUGACCACAAGUGCCAGGUUUGUGGACGUGGUUUUAAGGAGCCCUGGUUUCUCAAGAACCAUAUGAAAGUGCACCUAAACAAACUGGGCCUGAAGGCAGGUCUUGGAGAUCUGGGACCUUCAGGGUCUGAACAUUCCACAGGUGCUGCUGGGAAGCAUGCUUUAGGGGCUCUUUAUUCCAAUGUGCUCCUGGCACAUAGUGUGGCAAGCGGUAGUGCAAAGACACUAAAUCGGACAGAGAGGUCAGAAUUCAGUGAAGGAUCAAGCAGAUCUUCAGUUUGGGGUUACCUCAGGUUGCCAAAUGAGAGCAGUGCGGCUAGUUGCAUGGAAAGGCUUCAGGCAGUGGCUCAGGUAGCUGAGAUGGGUAACGGUGGAGAAAGAGGUGGAGCAGAGACACUGGAUGGACGAGAGCAGGCAGCUAUGUGGGAACUGGUCGCGCAUAGACUUGCAGCUGUGAAGCAGAGCCAGCAACAGCAGAGAUCCCAGGCACAGCACCAAUACUCCUCUUCACAGGGUACUGCUGUUGGGGAAGCUGAGCAGAUGCAUGCCUACAUAGGUGGCCUUGGCUUUAAAGAGGACCUGGAAGCCUCCAGGGGCCCUUGGGAGUGCCCUGACUGUGGGAAGCUUUUUCAGAAUCUUCAGCAGGUAGUGGCUCAUGCUCGUGUUCAUUCUCAGAGACCCCGGAAGUAUAGACGUGUACAUGGGAGUGUUAGAAAAGAAGAGGAUGGUGUACAAAAAAACGUGAGUCUCCAAGCAAGAGAAGGACAAGGGCACAGAAAUGAAGGCAGACAAGAUUCUCAACCUCUUCAGUCAGGAGUGGGAGCAUCCGCAGGGUUCCAUUCUUCCAUAGCACAGCUCUCUGGGGACAAUGGGCUGAGAGGAAACUCAUUUGGGCCUUCCAGAGAGCGAGUGCGAGGUACAGGAAUGAAGGAUUGUCCUUACUGUGGAAAAUCUUUCCGCUCUUCCCAUCACCUUAAAGUACACUUACGUGUGCACACAGGGGAGAGACCAUACAAAUGUCCUCACUGUGACUAUGCUGGUACCCAGUCUGGCUCUCUUAAAUACCAUUUACAACGGCACCAUCGUGAGAGAAAUGCCAUGGCAAACUCUCCUAGUUCUUCAUCUUCAAGCCUUCCUCCUUCACUGAGUGGCUCUCCACGAGAGAAACAGCAUCGGCCCUCGACCGCAAACCAGGGCUCGUUUCCCACAUUUCGACACAGCCAGACCUUGGCACCUGGAUCUUCAGAACAAAAAGAAAGUCAUCUUAAGUCCAGAGAAGCUCAAAAGGAAAAAAAAUUGGAGAGUCAGUAUCGAUUCCUGUCUGGGAUGAUGAAGGAACUGUACCCAGGAGGACUAGAAGUGGGGUGGAGAGGUGAAACACCGCCUCCAAAACUACCCAAAAUGUCCAGGCGUAAGCCCCUUGUUACAAGUCGUAUGAUGCCAGCUAAUGGAUAUCAGGGCAGCUCCAACUCGAGUGCUUUCCAAGAAUGUGGACCCCUAGACCUCUCUCGCCGCCCUGUGUCUAGCGUUGGUGCUGUGGAACAAGUCAGAGAAGCAGUAAACAGCUCUGAUAGUCCAGCAGGGGGAACAAAAGGAGAUGGAGAUAUUUUAAAUCAGUGUGUGUUUUGUCCAUUUCGAACCUCUUCGUCAGAGCUGAUGGCAAUGCAUCUUCAAGUAAAUCACACCAGCAAGUCCCGUCGUAAAAGGGGGAGCCUUGUACCAAGUGACAACCACUCUUCCAGGCUGACCCUGUAUGGAAUGAACCAUGACCCUUUGGCACUAUGGAAGUUCCUCAGUGAAGGGGAUGAAAUAAUGGCCAUGGAUGAGUGGAUAAAAUAUAGGUCAAGGUCUGAAAAUGGGGUCAGCUUGGAAGAUGGAGAAAUGGAACCCACUAAACAAGGACUUAAACUAGGAGAUUUUAAAGUGGACAGUGCAGAAGUUCAUGAAACGAAAGACAUAGAGGAUGGCCUGGAAACAAACAGCAAUCUUAAAGCAAGUGCUCAUCAACAGGACAUGACAAACAUUCUAUCAGACAUGAUGCAGGAGGAUUUGAGCGAGCAUGGCGGAAAGCUGGUGAAGAACUAAGCGAUUUUAAGUGCCCCAGAGGAACACAGAGCUAGAAUCAAGGAUCUAUUGGCAAAAUUAGACUAAAAACAAAAAUGAGGCUGAUCAUGUUCUUUCCAACACAAGGACAUCAUGUCCUAGUUUCAUACAUAAUCACAGACUUUCACACAGACAUAUAUCCAGUAUUCUAUGCUAGUCUUAGCCUUCAGGAGUCCCCGAGGCCUUCUUGACUGCUGUUUUUUUUUUUUUUUUUAAUAUAUAUAAUAAUUCUUUAUUUUUAUCAUCUAAGGUAAUUGCCAAGUUAUAUUUCUUUCUACUGUGAGACAUUCCCAUGUCAAACGCAUCUGGAAAUGGUUAUCAUUGAAAUAAGGUAAAAAAGAAACAUUAAACUGUAUAAUAUUGAGAUAUUUUUUUGUACUAAUACAAUAUCUUAAUAUGGUUUAUCAAGAUAUGUUCAAUUAAGAAAAGUCUGGCUUAACAUAGAAGCCAGAUGUAGUCUAUAACAUCUAUCUGACUGAGUUUUGGCAGCAAUUGCACCAUUUACCAACGAAUGGCAUAAAUAUUUCCUCGGCUGUAUGCACAGUAUGCUGUGAUGACUAAAUGGUACGGAUGGUGACCAUUUUGAACAAUACACAAUAGAGCAAAUAAUAAUCUCCCCAUAUAUAUCCUGUCAACUAGGUCUGGCAGUCUUCUAGUGAAUUCCUUUUGCUUCAUUCUGUCUCAGUGCCUGGUGCUGUAUUUAUUUUAGGGGAAUCUUACAACACAGGAAAAUAUAUAUUCAUAUAUACAGUAUAUUUCAAUGUAUAUAUAAGAACUCUAAAGCUAAGAUAGUUCUGGAACACUGUGGCGGCAAUUUCUGUGACCUGACUGUUGCACCCGGAGGAGUGGAACGUUCGACUUGAAACAUGAGAACAGAUGGCCUGCUGACAGAGAACAAAUUGCGGUGUUUACAUCAGAAAUACCACUAUGCUAUUUUUUUUUUUUGACGAAACUGGAUUAUGAUUACUGAGGAGAUAUUAAGAAGGAUUGAGGUCUGGUUUUCACAUAUGAAAUGAAGCGUGUCAUCGUCAUUAAGUCCAACUCAAAAAGUCUCAGUCAGUCAUUCCUACUUUUUCUUUUCUCCCUCACUUGUAAAUUACCAGAGAGGGAGAUCAGAAAGACAAGGGGUCCUUAAGCAUCAGGGCAAAUCCAACAAAAAAACUAAAAAACAUCAUAUCUUUAAGAUCCAUAGGUUUUUUUGUUGUUAAGAAACAAUAAGAAACAUUAUUAAUAAAAUCACUAACACCUUCAUAGACAUCCCAAUAGAAAUGUGUAGCUUUAUAAAGAUAAAAAAAAAAAAGAUAAAAACAUUAUUUUUUAUUUUAUUUUUUUUAUUUUGAGAAGAGUUUUUAAAAAAUAAAAAAAAAGUGAUAAUAUCAGUAAUAAUAAUAAUAAUGGUUGUGGUAGAAUACUGGUUUGGAAUGUCUUAAAAAAAAAAAAAAAUCACUGUGCAAAGUUCAUUGUUUUCCCAAAGUAGAUAUUUUGAUUUGCCUUUGAAUAUACUGUAGACCAAACUUUUGUUUAAAGAGUUAUUGUUUCUAUUUAAUCACUUUCAUUUUAUGUAAUGCUGCAGGUUCAAAUCUCUGUUCCUAAUCACUCUAUAAAGUGGUCAAUCAAUCAAACAAUCAAUCGAUCAGAAAAAUAGAUGUUGAUCAAAUCAACUUGUCAGCUAUCGAUCUAAUCAGGCACGCAAUCAAAAAUCUAGUUUUCAGCACUAAAGUGUUGGUACCAUGAUGUAUUUGAUAACUUAUUUAUUAAUUAUUGCAAAAAAGUGUGUCAAGGACAUAUCACUUUGUUGUCAGUUAGACUGACUUGAGCUUAUAAGGGACUGACUCCCUUCUUCCUGUACUAUUAAUGUUUAUGGCAUUGUCACACAUUUUUAGCCCAAAAUCCGUGAGAUUGAAUGAGUUGUACCUUACUCUUGCCUAUUGUGCCACUGACUGAAAGAGAUGGGUACUGAUUGUUACUGCUGGCCUUACUAUAUAAAUGUGCAUGUGUUGUUUUGUGUGUAGAGCACCUUAUGAGUUUGGUAGCCCCUGACGUGGUGGUCGUUAAAGAUUACACUCUGAGCCACUGUGCCUUCUGUCCUGCACACUUCCUCAAGUACUUUGUAUUUCACCAAAAGCACCUACCCAUACUGUAUCCUCCUCCUACUUCUACCUGUCUACCUGUGUUUAACGUUAAUACUUAUUGUUAUUCUGUCUACCUCUCUCUCUCUCUCUCUCUCUCUCUCUCUCUCUCUCUCUCUCUUUCAGCACACAAUCUUAUCAGACAUUUUGCCAUAAUUUUAUGUACUCACUUCAUUCUGUUUCUCUUUUCCAACAAACACCACUGGAAGGUGACAUACUGUUUAGCAUUGUGGCCUUUUUUUUUUAGAUGUUAUUUUAAUUUUUUUGUGAUGUUCGUUUGCCAAUGAGAUGAGACCAAGCUCUUCUUCUAAUAAUUAAUGUUAAUUUGUUUUUUUAGUAUUACAAAAAAAAAUGGAAAAAAAAAGAAAACUGUGUUUGAUGUACAGAUAGAGUUAGAGAUGUGUUUCUAAUGAGAGCUCCAACCACAGCACCGACUCUCCAUAUUUCUUAGUAAUAUUAAUAUAAUAUAGACCGCGGAUACUUAAUGUAGGGCAAUAUGACUGUUAGAGCAUAAUGUCUUGACAUGUUAAGUUUCUUCAAUGACUUAUAAUGAUUCGGAAGCAGGAAAGCAUGGUCGUGCAUUCCUGGCUUCUUCCUAUUUACAAAUUUAUGUGUAACUUCAACCUUGAAAUUUCUGAAUGUUAUGAUGCCCACUGUGGCAUCUAAAAAUUAGGGGGGAAAAAAUCUGAUCUUUUUAAAGACAGGAAUGUAUUUUCCUGGGGAAAGGAGAAGAUUGAGUUGGAGGGAAGGUCUGAGGUUUGAGCUCUUAAGUAGAUGACUGCUAUUGCAGUGAAGGGGAAAACUGGUCUAACAUAGUAGUGAUUAAUAUGAAAAUGUGGACUGAGAAAAAUAGUAGAAAAGAUUCAAUAAAAUAUACAAAAAAAGUUAA